AUGUAUGGCGGACAUCUCAGCCGUGAUAGAAUCUUACAUGCCACAGACCCGUUCUCCCGAAAGUCCACAAUAUUUGUUGAUGUGAAGUCCAAGUCUCUGCACGACCUCCUGCGUGAGGUACUAGAGAAGGUCAAGGCAGUUAGUGUGUUGGAACCCAAGCCCGCUAUUGAAAAGAUUGUCUUGUUCCAUUUCCUACCUGAGCUCAAGUCUAAGCUUGACCAACUAACUCACUGCGAGCAAUCAACAGAUACCGCAGAUCCGAGAAAUCCCCCAAGAGGGAUUGAGCACCUCCGUCUCCUCGUCGACUACAUUGAAAAGGCUUAUGCACCGACCAUGGAACGCCUCACGCCUUUAUUACAGCGCGGAGAGAUUACUUAUGAUCUUCUUGAGUUUCUCUUCAAACCGGGAUGCCACGUGUACACGAAGUGUCCGGGGACUGGAAAGUCUCGCUGCGUAGUUUAUAACGCCGCAGAAGAGAUUACACGAGCAGACGGCACGCAUCUUAGACUCGACUGUUAUUAUCUUGACCAUGACGACCAUAAAAUCGGGGAGGUAGAGAUCGAGCUGGGAAUUGUCAAGUUUCGAGGGCGCAAACCAAUCCACACCCUGGAGGCAUUUCCACUCCAACACCACCCAGACUGCGAACAAAUUACUCAAGACCUGCAGAAGUGCGGUCGCAAGUUUAGCCAAUUCAUCAGACGCUGCAAGGAAGACAUCCUAAUGCAACACUGCAAGGGCACUGCAUUUAUCAUGAAGAAUGGGAAGCCGCUGGCAUCGAACAUUAACAGUCUUGUGGCAAUCAAUCCAGCCUUAUUUUAUGAAAUAAUGCCGAAAUACUAUUGCCCACGAGUCUCCAACUGCUGGGACCAACAUUUGAUUACCGAGGACGAAUGUCUCAUAUGCUGUCCGACGGUUCAAUGCUUUGUCUUCAACGAGAAACGCUUCUUGGAGUGUGCCGUUAGUGAUUUGACAGAGGUUCAGUGGUCUCCUGCCUCAUUUGACCGCUUGCAAAUCCCCGACGACAAGAAAGAAAUAAUCCUCAGAGUUACUGACGCUCGUUUGUCCGGCAACAGAGACGUAGACUUCGAUGAUUUUAUUAAAGGAAAGGGCCGAGGAUUGAACAUCCUCUUCUAUGGUGAGCCCGGAGUUGGCAAGACAUUCACAAUCCAGGCGAUGGCCGAGCGAUCCCAGAGACCACUCUACUCGGUUUCGGCGGGUGAAUUAAUCGCAGACCAUGGCGGUCCCCUGCAACUAGAGAAAGCCCUUGAUCAGAUCUUCAAAAUUGCAAAGGGCACCGGAAGCAUACUUCUGUUUGAUGAAGCAGAUGUAUUUAUGGAGAAGCGAGCAACGUACCAAGGAGGUCAAAACAAGCUGGUGACGAUCUUCCUUCGGGGACUUGAAUCAUAUGAAGGGGUCCUCUUUCUGACUACCAACCGCGUGAAGGAGUUUGACGACGCGGUUAUAAGCCGAAUUCAUCUGAAGAUUCAGUAUACAAAAUUGACGCAGGAUGCCCGGCGAAACAUCUGGGAAAGCUUUCUUUUAGUGGCUGGUACUCCGCAAGGGCCCGCCAUCCUCGAAACGAGCGAACUUGAGCAUCUGAUUAAGAAUAUCUGGUGUGUCGCCCAAGCAAUAGCUGUAGCUGAGAACAGUCAAGUCACCUUCAAGCACUUGGAAACAGCCAUCAAGGCGAAUGACGAAUUUGUCGAGGAGUUCAUGAACUCCGGCCGGAUGCAGGGCAUGUAUACAUGA